AUGGCCUCUUCAUCUACUUCUUCUUCCCCAUCUUCUCCGUUUCCUCCACAAUUAACCGCCGCCGCCGAAGAAGUCGCCCACCUCCUCCGCUCACGCCACGAGACAAUCUCCGUGGCCGAAACCGCCGCCGGCGGCCUCGUGUCUGCGUCCCUGCUGGCCACGCCCGGAGCGUCGCGCUUCUACAAGGGCGGCCUGACGCUGUACACGCUCGAGUCGAGGGUCGCGUUGGCCGGGUGGACGCAGGCCGAUAUCGACGCCUAUGAUGGACCGACGCCGAAACUCGUCGAAGGGUUGGCGCGUCAUGUAAGGAAGACGUUGAAGGCGACAUAUUGUGUCGGCGAGAGCGGAACGGCUGGGCCUACACCCAGUGGCCAAUCUCCAAACCGACAACCGGGCUACGUCGCUCUAGCAGUGGUUGGCGAAAACGGCGCGUUGAGUAAAGAUCUGGACACGGAACUUGGAGGCGAUAGGCAGGCCAACAUGGUCGCAUUUGCGGUCGAGGCACUUGGUCUUGUCAAGGAGUACAUACUACAACAGUAG